GUAAAAACACCUUACUACGUUCCAAAACCCCAAGGUCUGUCUAAGAAGAAGCAAAGCUCAUAUGUUUCAAGCCCAAAGCAGACAAGUGUUUGAGUUCACAGAGAUCGACGAGAUCUACCCCGCAUUGUUAAACCUCCGACGCCCAACCUCACAUUUCAACGCCAAAAUCACCCAUGACCACCUAAUGCCCCUGAAGAAGCUUGCGCAAGAUCUAAAGGCCGGUGCGCAAGCACUCAAAAAUGCAUAUAAACUAGGAACAGGGUACGACGAUCUGGCUGUGGUCCUCCUGGAGCCAAGCGACAAGGCAGACACUCACUGCUUUGACGAUAUGCUCAACGCCUCAAUGGCUUUAAAGGCAGUUGAUUUAUCUCUACGCCAUGCAUUCGAUGGGCAGCGUAGUAUCCAGAACACAAUUAUCUUGGAUAUCCGGGCAUUUCGAAGCGAUUCAAUUCGUCGAACGCAGCGUGGUUCCGACAAACUUAGAGCUGGCGAGCUUGCCUAUGCCGCCUUCGAAGAGAUACUCUGCAAUCUAAAACCAGACGUUUUCCUUGUCUGUCAGUGCCAAACCAAUACGAAUGCAGUAGGGAACCAGUUUGCUCGGCAGGUUUGUUCAUCGAUCGAUGAGGCUACGGAUAUAAGCGUGCUUCGCCUUCCCGGGACUCAACAUGAAUCGGUGAUGGUGAAGGGUUUUCACCCAAUGUAUCUUGAGUACAUGCGUGAGGCGCCAAACGACAGCGUGAUAAAGGCAGUGUUGCGGGAGUAUUUAUUUGAUGCUGGAUUUAUAAUCGCAUCGAAUGCCCUUGCAGGACGAGACAAUGAUAAUGCUGCGGAACGUGAAGCGUUCCGGAAGGAUGAUAUUCUAGAGAAAAUAGGCCCCAUUCCAAAGCUACCACAGGGAAUCAUACCUUGGUGUGGGUCACUUGACUAAGCCUGUCCAUCGAAAGGCUGCCUACGAUAGUUCUUUGGCUUACGAUAGCAUAGGAUAGCUCUCCCAGGAGAGCUGUUGCAGAACAUUCGCUGAGAAGACAAAGUGGGCGAUAAGUUGAAACGGACCAUCACUUACCCCACACGAAUGCGAAAGGACAACCCCCAUCUCUACAGAAACACUGUACUUCCAUGGCUG